UCUUACACUCGAUUAAGUCUAUGUAAUUAUUACAACAAGUAUAUCACAACACUCCAUUCUCUUUGUUUUCUCCGCUGAUGAUGAGUGUGAAAACCUGUAAAGUUGAGCCUUUAAAAGGUCAAACACCACUUACAAGUAGCAAGACCAAACAGGAUGCUAAACCUUAUUCGGGUUCUUCACCAUCAUCGAUCAAGGCGUCUAGAUCUCCAUUCGUGAGCCAAAAAACUUCAAGACGUGUUGCUUCGUCGGCUGAAGAUAUCAAGAAUGCUCACAGAGAAGCAACAAAGAUCUCCAGUUCGAGCUGCCAAUCACGCAAAUGGACAGGAAAUUUUAUUCUCAUGGUCGAGCUUCGAAGAAUGAUUAUCACUUUUAGAAGCAUCAUUGAUCUUCCUCCUCUUACCGGUUAUCUCUCUAUAACCAAUAUGGUGAUGCGUACGAUGAAAGAUCUCCAUAAGCUUUGUCCUGAGAUCAUUGACAGCUCGCAAAUCCUCAAUAUGAGACGUGCAGAAGUUGACAAGUUGCUUGACAAUUUCUACAACGCUUUGAAAUCAAUUGGAGAUUCAUGGAUCGAUGACCACGAAUGGAUCAUCAAAUCCAAGUAUAGAAGCAGUAACAUAAGGAAGAAUCUAUCUGAUCGACUUGUGGAAAAGGUGUUAGCUGCUUUAGAUGGAAUGAUUAAGGUGAUGAACGAGAGGCUCAAUACGACAGAGAUCAGCAAUGUUGAAAUGAAGAAAAAGGUUAGUCCGCGGAGUACUAAAACAUCUAGUGGCCGAUCAGAAUCAUUGGCGAAGCAACCGAUCACACCAAGAAAGGUGCUGAGUCCACCGAGAAAAGUUGGAGACUUUGCAAUCUCUGUGUCAAAUCUUCCUAGGAAUGUGAGAAUGCAAGCGCUCGUAAAGCUGAGUCCUAUCGAUGUAAAGCGGCUCGCUAUCCAAAAUUUUAGUCAGAAAGAAGCUCAGAGCAAUAACGGUGAUGGUAAUGAUGAGAGUGUUAAAGUGAAGCAGAGUGAAACAGAGAGGAUUGAGAAGAUGGACAAAGCAAGAGAAGCUAUUCUUGAGGAACAAGAUAGUGUGAAGAACCAGAUUGAUGAUAAAAAUUUCUCAAAAGUUUCAGUGAAAUCUGAAUAUUUUCCAAAAUCUUUUACUCCGCCUCCUCCACCUCCAGGGAAUGCAGCAAUCCUCCUGCAACCACCACUUACAAUAUCUGCCGGAAAAGGACUGGCUGCUCCACUUCCUCCACCUCCCAGAAGUGCAGCACUACCACCGCCACCGCCACUUCCAAUGGCUGUGAGAAAAGGAGUGACUCCACCUAUUCCACCUCCAGAGACUGCAGCACUACCUCCACCACCGCAACUUCCAAUGGUUGCCGGAAAAGUACAGGCUGCUCCACCUCCACCUCCCAGGAGUGCAGCAGUACUACCACCACCACCACUUCCAAUGGCUGCGGGAAAAGGAGUGGCUGCUCCGCCGCUUCCACCUCCAGGGGCUGCAGCACUACUGCAACCUCCAAUGGUUGCCGGAAAAGGACCGGCUGCUCCACCACCACCUCCACCUGGCGCAAGAGGAGGCUUGGGAGCCAAGAAAGCAACUAGUAAACUGAAGAGAUCAACCCAUUUAGGGGCCCUCUUUAGAUUCCUCAAGGCAAAAUUAGAAGGGAAGAAUCCAGAAGUACGAUCUCGUGGUGCUGGAGGAGGAAGUAAAGGAGGGAUGGGAAGCGCUCCAGCCAGCGGAAAGCAAGGAAUGGCUGAUGCUCUUGCUGAGAUAACAAAGAAGUCUCCUUAUUUUCAGAAGAUAGAAGAGGAUGUUCGAAUGUAUAUGAGUUCAAUCAAUGAGCUUAAGACAGAUAUUACCAAGUUCAAGAACAAGGACAUCACCGAGCUUCAGAAAUUUCACCAUCGUGUUGAAUCAGUUCUUGAGAAACUAGAAGAUGAAACACAGGUUCUAGCAAGGUGUGAAGGAUUUCCUCAUAAGAAACUCGAAGCAAUAAGAAUGGCUGCUGCAUUAUACUCAAAGCUGCAGGGUAUGAUCAAAGAGCUAAAGAACUGGAAGAUAGAGUCUCCCGCCAACCAGCUUUUCGACAAGACUGAACGUUACUUUGCAAAGAUCAGAAAAGAGAUUGAAACUCUAGACCAGAUCAAAGCAGAAGAGGAAAAGAAGUUCAAGAGCAAUAACAUCCAUUUCGACUUCAAUAUCCUUGUUCAGAUUAAGGAAUUAAUGGUUGAUAUCUCUUCGGGCUGCAUGGAACUGGCGUUGAAGGAAAAGAGAGAAGCAAAGAUUGCAUCGCAAACUACUGCAGAAUCACGCGAGGCAAAGCCAAGCACAAAGAAUAAGACUCCAGGAUGGGCUAAAACGCUGUGGAGGGCAUUUCAUUUUGCAUACAGAGUUUACACAUUUGCUGGCGGGCACGACGAUCGUGCUGAUAAGCUUACAAGAGAGUUGGGUGAGGAGAUCGAACUGAUUCUUGGUAACCAGUGACUCGUGACUUCACUACCCCUCUUACUAUGUAUCGGCUGAAAAUGUCACAAAAGUGUUGAGUCUUUUUAGAAGACAUUUAUUAAAGAGAAUAAGUGAUUUAGAUAACAUGUUGUAAUGUAGUUAGUUACCAAAAAGCUUUUGUACUCUGAUAAGUCUUCUCACUGAAUGACUGAACCUAUAGAAAAGAAAAUAGCAUAUUAAAGUUACCAAAACA